CGUAGAGGGCUCGAUAGUUCAGGAUAAACUGAAUUGUUAGUGGAGUAAAUACUUAUUGCGCAGAGUGUCGAAUUAGUCUUUCCGGGUGACCGAUGUUAAAGUAAAUACAAUGUCUUUGCUACGCUCGUUGCCCGCGAUUAACAAAACUUCGAAAUUAAUAUCUCGAAGCGUGCCAGCUGUUUUUUACCACCCCAAUGUAUUGGAUCAUUAUGAGAAUCCAAGGAACGUGGGUUCCUUAGACAAAAAUGAUUCGCAAGUUGGUACAGGGUUGGUAGGUGCACCAGCUUGUGGAGAUGUGAUGAAACUUCAGAUUAAAGUCGACAGCGAUGGAAAGAUCAUUGAUGCAAAAUUCAAAACAUUUGGUUGUGGUUCUGCCAUUGCCUCAAGCUCAUUAGCAACAGAAUGGGUCAAAGGAAAGACUGUUGAUGAAGCUCUAAAAUUAAAAAACACUGAUAUUGCUAAGGAAUUAUGCUUACCACCCGUCAAGCUACACUGUUCAAUGCUUGCAGAAGAUGCAAUUAAGGCAGCAUUGUCAGAUUAUCGUAUAAAACAACAGGCAAAGUCAAAAGAAAACGAAAGCAAUGAUAGUACUCCAAAAGAAACAUGAUUCUGAUGUAUUCCAGAUGAUAAACUUACUAGUAUUGUUUAAUAUAAUACUUGUGGCUACUAUAGUCAUCUUGUAGUAGUAGCUAUUAUCUAUAUCUACAAACAAUAGAAUCUUCACAAAUUAUGAACUGUGAUCAGAGUAAAAGAGAUAUUGUAUCUCAGUACACGUUUAAAGUUCCAUUAUAGACAUAUUUAGCUGUGCUAUAUUUUCUUUUAUGAAAGCAAAUAAAUAUAUUUAACUAAACCCUA